AAACCCUGAAAGCGUGUUGGAUUUUGGUGUUUGGUAUCCCUUCCUUUUAUCAUUAGUAGAGUGGUUUUGAGCUUUUCUGUGGUUUUGGAUUCUUCUUGCCUCUACGCUCUCGUGCCAUCUUUACUUCCUCCAUUUUGAUAGAAUGGGAAGGAUAAACGAUUAAAAAAAAGAAAAAAAAAAAAAAAAAAAAAAACAGAGAAAGAAACACAGACGGAGCGGAAAAAAAGUGAAGCUCCAACAGCCUUCAGAGCCAUCUCUUCCUGGGGAGAGAUUUCGGCAAGGAGAUGUGGCAAGUGUGGGUGUUCGUCCUCAGCAUUUGUGUCUGGAAUCCGAUUUCUGUCAAUGGUGAUACAAAACCAGAAGACGCUUCUGCCCUUAGGGUCAUGUACAGCAGCUUAAAUUCUCCAUCUCAGCUAACAGGUUGGAGUUCAAGCAGUGGUGAUCCAUGUGGGCAGUCCUGGAGAGGUGUAUCCUGCUCUGGCUCUGCAGUUACAGAAAUCAAAUUAUCAGGUCUUGGACUUACUGGGUCAAUGGGGUACCAGCUAACGAGUCUAACUUCUUUAACGAACCUGGAUAUAAGUAACAAUAAUCUUGGAAACCAGAUACCCUAUCAACUACCUCCGAAUCUGCAGCAACUAAAUCUCGCUGGAAAUUCCUUCACUGGUGGGAUCCCAUAUUCAGUUUCUCAGAUGACUUCACUUAAAUACCUAAACAUCAGUCAUAAUCAACUUCAGGGCCAGCUGGGUGACAUAUUUGGACAGCUUUCUGCCAUCACCAUAUUGGACUUCUCUUUCAAUCAAUUUACAGGUAACCUUUCUGAGAGUUUUAGCUCCCUUUCAAGUCUGACUAGCAUGUAUUUACAAAACAACCAAUUUACGGGUACCAUCAAUGUCCUUGCAAAUCUCCCCCUUGAAAAUCUAAAUGUUGAAAACAACCAUUUUAGCGGCUGGAUUCCUGACCAGUUGAAAAACAUAAACAGUUUGAAGACUGUAGGUAACUCAUGGACAUCAGGGCCUGCACCACCGCCUCCACCAUAUACAUCUCCACCACCAAAAGCACAUUCCAAUCGAAAUAGCGGUAGCAAUAACACUAACAGCCCUUCUGAUAAUAAUAAUGGUGGGAAGAAAUCAGGUAUAGGAGGUGGAGGUGUUGCAGGAAUAGUGAUAUCAAUUUUGGUCGUUGGCGCAAUAGUAGCAUUCUUCUUAAUGAAAAAGAGAUCCAGAAGGCCUACAUCAGAAGUUGAAAAGCUUGACACUGAGCGGCCUUUCAGCCCUCUUGCUUCGAAUGAAGUUAAAGAAAUGAAGUCUAUUCAGACGUCCUCCAUAAUUAACACAAAAACGUUAGAAACUUCUGCAUCGAUGAACCUUAGACCUCCACCCAUUGAUCGGCAUAAAUCAUUUGAUGAAGAUGACUUUUCAAACAAGCCUGUUGUUGUCAAGAAAGCUAAUUCUGCUCCCUUAAGCACUGCAAUGUAUUCAAUAGCGGACCUGCAGAUGGCUACAGGAAGCUUUAGUGUGGAAAAUCUUAUUGGAGAGGGGUCUAUUGGACGUGUUUAUCGAGCCCUAUUCGACAAUGGGAAGGUUCUUGCUGUAAAGAAAAUAGAUUCUUCUGCUCUGCCUUCCCAGUCAUCUGAAGAUUUCAUGGAAGUUGUUUCCAACAUCUCCCGGUUAUGUCACCCAAAUGUGACUGAGCUAGUGGGAUACUGUUCUGAGCAUGGGCAGCACCUGCUAGUGUAUGAGUUUCAUGGGAAUGGUUCACUGCAUGAUUUCCUGCACCUCUCAGAUGAAUUCAGCAAGCCGUUAACAUGGAACACCCGUGUCAAGAUUGCUCUGGGGACUGCACGUGCAUUAGAGUAUCUACAUGAAGUUUGCUCGCCAUCUUUCGUUCACAAGAAUUUCAAGUCUGCCAACAUUUUACUGGACAUGGAGCUGAAUCCUCACCUUUCAGAUUGUGGCUUGGCAAACUUCAUUCCAAAUAUGGAUCAGGUGUUGAACCAUAAUGUGGGAUCUGGAUAUAGUGCACCUGAGGUUGCAAUGUCUGGUCAGUAUACCAUGAAAAGUGAUGUGUACAGCUUUGGAGUGGUCAUGUUGGAGCUUCUUACUGGUCGGAAACCAUUUGACAGCUUGAAGCCAAGAUCUGAGCAAUCAUUGGUACGAUGGGCAACACCUCAGCUUCAUGACAUCGAUGCUCUGUCUAAGAUGGUUGAUCCAGCUCUCAAAGGGCUCUAUCCUGCCAAGUCCCUCUCGCGUUUUGCUGAUGUGGUGGCUCUUUGUGUACAGAUGGAGCCAGAGUUCCGACCACCCAUGUCAGAAGUGGUGCAGGCACUUGUUAGGCUGGUGCAGCGAGCAAACAUGAGCAAGAGAACAGCUGCAGAUGUGCAAGGAGUUCGGCGAGCAGAUGACACCGACAUACAGGAGUAAAUGUUUGAGCUUGGUAUGAUCCCUGUUGAUAGGCGUUGUAUUAUUUUAGUCUUGAUGAAUAGAGAAGAGGAAAGGGAAAAGGAUGGGAUGAGCUUUUGUUUUCAGAAGGUUAUGGUGGCAUCUGACACCGAAGUUUUAUAUGGACUUCAUUGAUUUUCGUUAGCAGUACCGAACAAUACUUUCCUCGGAUGUUUGUAA